AUGGGAAACCCCCUUCCAUCAGAUAGGAAGAAAGUUACCGUUGGGACAAUCCGAUCCUUGUAUAAGAAGAAGGAGCCCAUCACCGUCAUAACUGCCCAUGAUUUCCCAAGCGCUCACGUCGCCGAUGCUGCCGGCAUGGAUAUAAUUCUUGUCGGUGACAGCCUGGCCAUGGUGGCCCUGGGAAUGGAGGAUACUAGUGAGGUCGUCAUGGAAGAGAUGCUCCUUCACUGCCGGUCCGUUGCAAGGGCGACUAAGGCUGCCUUGAUCAUUGGGGAUCUCCCAAUGGGCUCGUAUGAAAUUGGACCUGACCAAGCUUUGGAAAGUGCCAUCCGGUUCGUAAAGCAGGGUCGUGUGCACGGAGUCAAGCUUGAGGGAGGAGCUGAGAUGGCCCCAACCAUCAAGAGGAUAACCUCGGCUGGCAUUCCCGUCCUGGCUCACAUUGGCCUUACUCCCCAACGUCAAAAUGCUCUCGGCGGGUUCAGAGUGCAGGGAAAGACGGCAGACGGGGCGCUCAGUGUCCUUAAGGACGCUCUCGCGGUCCAGGAGGCCGGUGCCUUCGCCGCCGUCAUAGAGGCUGUCCCGGCUCCCGUGGCUGAGCUUAUAACAAACAAGCUUAAUAUGCCCACCAUUGGCAUUGGGGCCGGCAGCGGGUGUUCUGGCCAAGUCCUCGUCCAAGUUGAUAUGACAGGCAACUUCCCACCGGGGAGGUUCCUACCCAAGUUCGUCAAGAAGUACGGCGACGUUUGGAGCGAAAGUUUCCGAGCCAUCGAGACGUACCGCGACGAGGUCAAGAGCCGGCAAUAUCCGGCCCCUGAACAUACCUACCCGAUUUCCCAGGAAGAGUUGGCGGCCUUUGAGAAGGCUGUUGACUCUAAGGAGUAG